AUGAACAACUUCCAUGUCUACGAGGCCAUCGGCCGCGGCAAGCACUCGGUAACCCCCCGGAUGGUUUCAGUUCCGACGGUGUAUAAGGGGCGGAAGAAGAAGACCAUCGAGUACUUCGCUGUUAAGAGCGUCGACAAGUCGCAGCGCUCCAAGGUCCUCAACGAGGUUCGGAUGCUCCAUUCCUUAGACCAUGCCAAUGUCCUGAAAUUUUACUCUUGGUAUGAGACCUCCGCACAUUUCUGGUUAGUGUUGGAGUAUUGCGUUGGUGGAGACCUGAAGGGCUUGCUUGAACAGGAUAAGAAGCUUCCUGAAAAUUCUAUACAUGACCUGGCUUACGAUCUCGUCAAAGCUCUUCAGUUCUUGCAUUCUCAAGGAAUUAUAUACUGUGAUCUGAAGCCAUCAAACAUUCUGCUUGAUGAAUUUGGAUGCAUGAAGCUGUGUGACUUUGGAUUAGCAAGGCGCUUAAAAGACAUCGAGAAAACCAAUCCUGGAGAUGUGCCACAACCCAUGAGGGGAACACCAUGCUAUAUGGCUCCUGAGUUAUUUCGAGAAGGAGGAGUCCACUCAUAUGCUUCUGAUUUCUGGGCACUUGGAUGUGUUUUGUAUGAAUGCUAUACAGGAAGGCCCCCUUUUGUAGGCAGAGAAUUUACACAGUUGGUCAAAUCUAUAAUUUCGGAUCCUACACUACCUUUAUCUGAUAAUCCAUCAAGGUCCUUCCAAAAUCUGAUUGAUUGCUUACUCAUGAAAGAUCCAGCAGAAAGAUUACAGUGGUCUGAAUUGUGUGAACACAACUUCUGGAGAACAACCAUCCCGAUGAUUUCUUUACCUCCUCAGCCUGCUUUUGACAACAUGAUUGAACUUUCUGCUACACCAUAUCUAGUUGAGAGAAAUGGUGACAAACCUUCCAGACAGUUGACACCACCCAAGCACCGUGAAUAUAGUGGCCUUCGGAAGAAGGAUGAAAAUUCUACGAAGGCAUUCAUGACACCUGUUAAAAAUGUGCAAAGUGGCAAGAAAAAUAGUGCAAAACCAAAAGCUGAGGGUUUCAAAGGUGUAAAUAUCCUCAGAAUGUCUCGCAUUGCUAAAUUAAAUUUGCAAAGGGAAAGGGAUGAGGAGAACUACAGGCGCCCUCCCACAGAAACAACUGAGAAUGAGACUGAAGUUAAUAUAGAAAAUAAUGACAUGGAACUUGAUUUUGGUGAAAAUCCAGAGGGUGAUGUACCUGACACCGAUGGGUCGGAUAAUCCUGGAUCUGCAGGAAAUGAAAAGCCUCAAAGCACUGAUGCUAAUGAAGAGAAUUGUAUGGCAAAUCAGGUUGACAUGCUUACAGAUGAGGGGUCAGUUAAGCCUGAUAUCAUGGUGAAAACUGAGCAGAAUUCUUGUUCAGAUAACCUGGAUGUGGUGGCUACACCACCUAGUAGCAUGCGCGAAAAGCACAGCGUGCCAAGGAAAGCAGAUAAAGCUGUGGACAUGGUCCCCACACUUCCUUUUGAAGCUCUUACAGCAAGUGAUUAUGUUAAGUUACCACAGGAACAGAUGAAUGCAUUCAACAGUCAGAUACUUCAGAGUUUAAGUGGAACUUAUCAGGUUUCAGAAAAACAAAAUACUAUCAGAUACCUGGAGAUGUUAAGCAUGCACUCAGAUGCUGCGAACAAAAUAACUAAUGGACCAAUUAUGUUGCUACUAAUAAAAAUGCUUCGACUGUCAAAAACUUCAGUCUUGCGUGUCCAAAUUGCCUCACUUAUGGGGUUGCUGAUACGCUAUUCCACUGCUCUUGAUGUGGAGUUGGCAAGUUCAGGAAUUUUUAAUGCACUAUCAGAUGGGUUAAGGGAUAAACAUGAUAAACUCAGGCGAUUCUGUAUGGCAACACUAGGAGAGUUAUUAUUCUAUAUUUCUACCCAGUCUGAUCAAGAUACGAAGGAAAUCAAUACCCAAGAAUCCCCUUUGAAGGAUAACAGGUCUGCAACAUCUUGGCAGGUUCCUAGUGCUGUAAUUGCACUGGUGUCAUCUAUCUUGCGAAAGGGCGAAGAUGAUCUAGCUCAGCUAUAUGCCUUACGGACAAUCGAUAACAUAUGUAGCCAAGGAACUGAAUGGACAUCCCGUUUUGCAUCUCAGGAUGCGAUUGGACAUCUGUGCUACAUCUAUAAAGCAACUGGAAAGCAGGAGAGUACAAGGCUCAUUGCAGGAUCUUGUUUGGCCCGCCUCUCUCGCUUCAGUCCAUCAUGCAUUCACUUAAUCCUGGAAAAGAUAUCAUUCAAGGAUAUUGCAUCCACACUCAUCAAGGGAAAUCCACGUGAACAGCAGAUUAGUCUUAAUAUUCUCAAUUCGGCAUUAGUUAACAGUCACACUGUGACAAGCAUGAACCGGUAUAUUCUUUCAUUAUCAGAUGACAAACAAUUGGUCCCCGGGCUCAUUUCUCUGAUAGAACAGGGAACUGAUGUUCUGCGUGGGAAGGCCCUUUUGUUUGUUGCUCUGCUUUGCAAGAAUAGUCGAAGGUGGCUUCCUCACUUCUUUUGUAAUGCAAAAUUAAUAUCAGCUGUUGAUAGAUUGGGAAAAGAGAAGGAGGGUUUCAUUCAUCAAUGUACAGAAGCAUUUGUGCAGUUGGUUGCUUCUUUUGUCCCUGGCAUUCUUGACACUGUCUCCAGCGAUAUACAGCAGGUUAUGGCUGGCAAACGCCAUGGACCUGUUACUGCUUUAGCUGGGCGAGCUCAUCCAAAGAGCACAAUUCAUUUGUUCCCUGUUAUUCUUCAUCUUCUGGGAAGUGCAUCCUUCAAGCACAGAGUUGUGACAGGCCAUGUAUUGCUUCAGUUGGCAAAUCUUAUUAAGAUUUUGGAGGCACCGUUUCAGGCUAGGGAUGAUUUCCAAAUGACAUUGUUGCGAGUUCUUGAGGCUGCUACAGAGGAGCCUUCUGUUAUACUUGGUGAACACAAAAUAUUCACGAGUCGUAUCAUUCCAAGCUUAUCUGCCUUAUACAAGGGCAAUAAAGAUGGUGAUGCCAGAUUUCUGUGUUUGAAGAUACUCUCAGAUGUGAUGAUUGUGAUCUUCAGUGACUCUUCAUUAACUUCUGACGAACAAACAAUAACUGAUUUGAAAUCAAUCUCUCAGAGGCACUUUCUGCCACUGUACCCUUCUUUUGCAGAGGAUGAAGAUCCCAUACCCAUAUAUGCACAAAAACUGCUAGUCAUGCUAAUGGAACAUGGUUGUGUAAAAGUCUCUGAUAUUCUGCACAAAGCAACAGUAUCCCAGUGUUUUGAAUUUUUGCUAGGAGAUCUGUCAAAUGCAAAUGUAAGCAAUGUCAAGCUUUGCUUUGCCCUGGCAUCUGCACCCGAGAUGGACACCCAUAUUCUUUCUCAGCUUCACGUUGUUAGAAGAAUAGGGAACCUACUUGAGUUUGUUGCUGCAAAAGACAUGGAUGAUUUUCUUGAACCAACCCUGGAACUCUGCAGAGCUUUCAUUAUUCGUGGCACUGGCAGCAACAGAAGUAUCGCCCUCUCCAAAAACCCAGCACUUCUUGUUGACAGUGCCUUCAGCAUGAGCAUUGCUGUUGAUCAACAAACUUGUGUCAUGGAUAUAUGCGACUUCGGUGGCAACAUGGGUAUUUUUCUUGAGCUAGUUGGCAAUUCAGAUCCACAGAUAAGUGAUUUAGCGUCAGAUUGUGUAGUGUUGUUACUCAAGGCAGCACCUCGAGAGGCCACAGUGGGCUUGUUGACAAAUCUUCCUAAAUUGAGCGCUGUCAUGGACUUGCUGAAGCAUGACAGCUCCCUACGGCUGAUUCGCUUAUUAUAUGGCCUAGCCUUCUCAUGCAGACAAUACUUAGCCCAGGGAAUGAUCUUGUCAAUAUCAGUGUCAGCUUUGAUGCGAGUUGAAGCACUUGUUUCAGUUUUCAAGGGCUCCAAUGAUAGUCUUCUUGCUGAUGCUGCUUCUUAUUUGGGUGUGGAACUACAGCGCUUACCUCGCUGUGGUUGA